AUGUCUAAGCGGGCCGGCGACUACCACCACGAGAACGGCCGGGAGAAGCGGCGCGAGCGGGACGAGCGGAGCGACGCGGAUGUCGUCUUCCGCAUCCUCUGCCCCCAGGCGCGGAUCGGAUCGCUCCUUGGGAAGCACGGCGUGAUCAUUCAGAGCAUUCGCGAAUCCACCGGGGCGCGCCUGAAGCUCGCGGAUCCGAUCCCCGGCACGGACGAACGCGUUAUAAUCAUCUCCGCUCGUAGCGACAAACACUUUCGCAGCGGCGACCCUGCGACUGACGGCGACGCGGCUGUGGAUCGCCCGGACGACUGGUCCGUCGCACAGGAAGCCCUGAUUCGCGUGCAUGCGAGAAUCGCCGACGCGGAUGGCGACAAUCGCGAGUUUCGCGAUAAGGAUGGGGCAGAAGGUGGUGCUAGUAAUGGAGCUGCCAAUAGCGGAGGGACCCCCGCGAGGCUGCUCGUGCCGAGCAGUCAGAUCGGGUGUCUUCUGGGGAAGGGCGGUUCUAUCAUUGCGGGCAUGCGGCAGGACAGCGGCGCGCACAUCAGGAUCUUCAAUAAGGACAAACUGCCGCCCUGCGCACUCCCGACGGACGAGUUAGUUCAGGUGACUGGCGAGUAUCCUGUGGUCCAGAAGGCCCUAGAGCUCAUCUCCAUCCGCCUCCGCCGCUCGCCUCCUCGCGAUCCCCCCAACUUCCUCGCCAUGCACCCCACGUCUGGUCACCAUCAGCCUGCUGGUUACCAGCCGGCGCCUGGUUACCAGGCGUCGGGUUACCACCGUGGAGCUGAUUCGUACCCCCCUCGGUCCGCCCCAGCUGCGGCCUUCCCCCCGCAAGGCUAUUCCCCUUACGCUCUCCCCCAAAGCUACGCAGCCGCGCCGUCCCUCUUCGGGGGAGCGUGGGGCGCGGGCGCAUCAGCAGGGGGGGCGCACUGUUAUGGGGGGAUGGGGGGCGGGGGCAGGGGCGGGGGAGGCGCGGAGGGGGCGGCGGUGGAGAUGGAAUUGAGGGUGCUGUGCCCCGCGGAUAAAGUGGGGAUCGUGAUUGGCAAGGGCGGGUCGCGGAUCAAGCAGAUCAAGGAGGAGACGGGCGCGCGAGUGAAGGUGACAGAGGCCGUGGCGGAUUGUGAUGAGCGCAUCGUGAUCAUUGAUGCCAUGGAGGCGCCCUUCUCCGGCCACUCGCCCACGGAGGUGGCGCUGUUCCGCGUGCAUGCAGCCAUCUCACGCUCUCCCCCUCUCCAAUCCUCCCCUCUCCCUCCUUCUCCCCCUCUACUCCCCCCCCAGGCGCCCUUCUCCGGCCACUCACCCACAGAGGAGGCGCUGUUCCGCGUGCAUGCAGCCAUCUCGCAACACCAUGCGGGCGACAGGGCGGCAGGGGCAGCAGAGGAGGGCGGGAGAGACACCCACGGGGUCACUGCUCGACUGCUCGUUAGAAAGGGGCAGGUGGGGUGUGUGAUGGGCAAGGGCGGCAGCAUAAUCAGCGAGCUGAGGAGCACCAGCAGGGCGCGCAUCAACAUCCCACCCAGGGAUCAGCUGCCCAAAUGCGCCGAUGAGAGCGACGAAGUGCUCGUGGUAUCAGGCGCCUCCUCCGGUGUCACGCGCCCCACUGUGUGUUUCCAUGUCUUCUUCUCCCUCCCCCCCCCCGUCUUCUUCUCCCUCCCCCCCCCCGUCUUCUUCUCCCUCCCCCCCCCCGUCUUCUUCUCCCUCCCCCCCCCCCCCGUCUUCUUCUCCCUCCCCCCCCCCGUCUUCUUCUCCCUCCCCCCCCCCCGUCUUCUUCUCCCUCCCCCCCCCGGUCUUCUUCUCCCUCCCCCCCCCCGUCUUCUUCUCCCUCUCCCCCCCCCGUCUUCUUCCACCAGGUAUCAGGCGAGCCCCACUGUAUCAGACGAGCCCCACUGUGUGUCACACGCCCUGCGCCUCAUCUGUGCGCGCAUCCGAGGCAGGGAAACCGUAUCAGGCGAGCCCCACUGUGUGUCCCACGCGCUGCGCCUCAUCUGUGCACGCAUCCGAGGCAGGGAAACCGCCGUUGCCUCUAAAGGCGCUGCUGCCGGUGAUGCUCGUGCUGCUGCUGGUGGUGCUCGUGCUGGUGCUGGUGGUGGGGGUGGUUAUGCGGAGACAGGGAGGGGAGGGGGAGGGGGAGGGGGUUACGGCUAUCCUGGGUCGAGCAGUCGAGGGGAUGGGGCGUAUGGGUAUUCAACACAACCAGCAGCAGCAGCGGCGCCAGCCGUGGUGGCCACUCUGUCUGCUGCAGGGCCUGAUGGCACUGUUGGGUGGUCAUACGAGCCAAAGGUGGAACCUUCCUACCAUGGUUCUGGCAUCUCUUCUUUUCGAGUUGACUCAGAAUCAACCUCCCUCUCUCACCCCCCUCUCCUCUCCUCCGCACACCCCUCCUUUCUGAGCAGCCAAAGGGGCUCUGGCUGGGAUGUGGCACCGGCAGCAGCGCAAGAGUAUGGCAGCUACUCACAUGCCUCUGCACCCGCGUCUGCCCACUUCUCCUCGCCUCCUCCCACUCACACUGCUGCUGCUGCCAGUGCUGGUGGUACUACUGGUGGCGGCAGUGCCAGUGCUGGUGCUGCUGGUGGGUCAGGGGGAGCGGCAGGAGGAGGAGUGAUGACAGCGCUGGUGACAGUACCUGCUGUGGCAGCAGGAGCGGUUAUCGGCAAAGGGGGAGCCAACAUCCAGCAGAUCAAAAGCAUCUCAGGGGCGCGCGUGCGCAUGUAUGAGGGGAGGGAGGGCGAGAGCGAGCGGGUGGUGGAGGUGGUGGGGUCGGCGGACCAGGUGCAGGCGGCUCAGGCCAUCAUCCAUGCUUUUGUCAUCAAAGGCACCGCCGCUGCUGAGAGGCACGCGGAGAGGCGUGAUGCUUAUUGA